GCGGUGUCCGCGCAUGCGCGCCAGGUUCGCUAGCGGCUAAUGUUGCUAAAAGCUAAACGAGAAGGGACUUUCCACCUCGCCUGACUCAGUCAAUAGCUAGUGGUUCUGCGAAGGCCAAAGUGAGACGGGACAGCUGAUACUAUUAUUUACUGACAUUUUCUAAUAGUGAUCUUUUUCCUGCAUCAUGGAUACUUAAACACCCUUAAAGGGGAUGCCCGGGCGGGGGGCGGGGGGAAGAGAUGUUUGAGAUGUGACUUGUGUGUUUGGGUUAAUGUUUAGGUUAUUUUUUUUUUCAUCGAGCUUUUAUGUUUUAAUUGGACGGAGGUCUGGGUUAGAGUCUGCAGCUUCCUCCCACUUACUAAAAACAUGUUCAAACAGUGUUUCUUAACCAUGGCGCAAGCGCCCCCUAGAGGCCACCAAAAAUGUCCGUGUGUCAGCUGUGGUCCGUGUGGGCCGCAGCGGUACUCAGUUGUAAUACACUUUUCCACCACUUGUGGCAGUAAUGACAAUAUCAAACAAACAAGUUUGGAGCUAAAGUCAUAGAGAAGUUUCUCAGGCGCAAAAAUUAUGACUAAAUUGGUGCACAUGCAUUUUGUUUAUUUAUUUUAUCUCAACAUAAUUGUAUGUAAAUGUAUUUUUAUUCAGUUAUUUAUUAGUCCCUUAUUACACAGUGUUUAUUUUCCCACCCGCCUGACUUAAGCCUAUGGUUUACGUGUUAAAUUUGCCAUUUGUGAGCGCCAGCUAAUUUUUUUAUCGGAUUCUAAAAAUGCCAUUACUCACAAAAGAAAACGUAAAAAUUGGAAUAAAAGAGCAGUCCCACCUCUCACCCUGAAAAGUCAACUGGGAUAGGCUCCAGCUCAGAUAAUGAGGACAAAGUGGUACAGAAAAUGGAGGCAUGUGGCAGAUUUACAAGCAUAUUUCUUAAUGAUCCAGGCUGAAUUGAUUUAGAAUGUAGCACAUUAAAGGAGAACUGCACUUUUUGGGGGGGAUUUUGCUUAUUGUUCACAAUCAUUAUGAGAGACAAGAACACAAAUGUCUUUUUUGGGGGGGGAUUAAAAAAAUACUUGGAAGAUGCGGCUAAUGGAGCUUUCAAAGCCUCUAAAACAACUUCAAAACCCUCCAAUGUUUUACAUACACACUGCAAGUAUAUAUAUAAUGUAGUAACAAACACCUUCAUAACAAUAUGUAAUAUGUACAAUACACACACUGCAAGUAUAUAUAUAAUGUAGUAACAGACACCUUCAUAACAAUAUGUAAUAUGUACAAUAUACACACUGCAAGUAUAUAUAUAAUGUAGUAACAGACACCUUCAUAACAAUAUGUAAUAUGUACAAUAUACACACUGCUAGUAUAUAUAUAAUGUAGUAACAGACACCUUCAUAACAAUAAGUAAUGUGUACAAUAUACACACUGCAAGUAUAUAUAUAAUGUAGUAACAGACACCUUCAUAACAACAUGUAAUAUGUACAAUAUACACACUGCAAGUAUAUAUAUAAUGUAGUAACAGACACCUUCAUAACAAUAAGUAAUGUGUACAAUAUACACACUGCAAGUAUAUAUAUAAUGUAGUAACAGACACCUUCAUAACAAUAUGUAAUAUGUACAAUACACACACUGCAAGUAUAUAUACACUGCAAAAACUGAAUUCUAAGUAAGAUGAAAUAUGUCAAAUAAGGGUGAUAUUUGCUUAUUUUCUGUCUGAUAAGAUAAUUCUUCUCACUAAGCAGAUUUUAUGUUAGAGUGUUUUACUUGUUUUAAGGGUUUUGGUCCUAAAUGACCUCAGUAAGAUAUUACAGCUUGUUGCUGAGAUGUUAUGAGCUAUAUUGAGUAAAACAUGCUUGAAACUAGAAUAUCAACUGAUGCAAAGCUGUGUCAUCAACAUUCACAAGUAUAAAACUACUUUUUCAAAGUAAUCAUUUCUUACUUCAAGCAUGAAAAAAAAAAAUCAUGAUGAAAAAAUCAUUAUGUCAAGAUAAUGGCACUAGCAUUUACUUAAUUUAAGAAUAUAUUUCAACAUAUUGAGCAAAAAGGUCUCUUUUUUUUUCUAGCAAGAAAAGUGCACUUGUUAUUAGUGACAAUAUACUUAUUUUAAGGUAUUUCGGGGUUCGUUGAGGUUAGCUAAUUUGACUUGUUUUGGAAAGUCUUGACAAGCCGAAUUUUCUUGUUCUAUUGGCAGAUAAUUUUGCUUAGUUCAAGUAAAAUACCCCUAAUUUUUGUAAAUUUUUUUCUUGUUUUUUGAGCACUGACUUUUUGCGGUGUUUAUAAUGUAGUAACAGACACCUUCAUAACAAUAUAUAUAAUAUGUACAAAAUACACACUGCAAGUAUAUAUAUAAUGUAGUAACAGACACCUUCAUUACAAUAUGUAAUAUGUACAAUAUUUACCCUAAUUUGGUCAUUUUAGUCAUUGCCGGAACUAAUUCCUCGGCGCGUUGAUUUCUGUUUCCAUAGCAGCACACUUCUGACUUCUGGCAACAAAUUUGUGUUCCUACUUCCAAAAACAAACGCCUGUUUUCUCUAAUCAUGGCAGACAUUGUAAAAGACGACUGUUUUUUUGGACAAAUGAGGAUUCACAACCUUCUCUUUUUGAAGCUGAAGAUACUGAGGAUGAGCUAGUGCUUCUGAAAGUGAGCAAGAAGGAAGAGUGUGACGUCGGAGCGGACGAAAGCCGAGAGAGUUGAGGUGAACGUGACUCGAACCUGCAAAAUGUGGAAUUUGAAGCCAUGCCACUUCGACAUAAAUGGAUUGCUUACCCAAAUAAACCGGAAAAAAACCUCUCUGGCCAGCUGGACCAAACGGAUAACUGUCCCAUCGAGUGAGUCACAAUUAAUUAUUGAUCAUGAUACACGCAGCAACAACUACAGUACAUAGUUAGCCAUGGCUGGCUGUGUACAAACAAAGCAUUACGGAUACUGUAGUAUGAUUGUUCAAGUUUUCCACUCAGUACAGAUUGGUAUUGUGCGCGUCAAACUCAAACGCGUUUUGUGUUGACGCCGUUGCUCGCUUAUCUCUUUCCGUAGUUAGCUUUUACGGCUAAUACCGUCGCAUGUCGAUGUGUUCGUACGCUAGAAAAAGUGUUUUUUCUUACAAUAACAAUGUUGCUACAGUUUUGUUAUUAUACAAGUUACAGAACGUAAAUGCAUUUUUAAAGUGAUUUAGAGGUAGAAUUAUUUGCAUUGCUAGUCACCAAGAACAAGACAUUUUUUACAUGUUAGAAUGCAAAAAAAACCAACUUUUGUCUUCUUGUCUCUCAUAAUGAUUUUGAACGAUAGGCAAAAUUCCAAAAAAAAAGUGCAGUUCCCAUUUUAAAUGCUAUGUCAUCCGUUUUGAUUCUUUUUAGUUUCACUUUGACUGUUUUUUUUUUAUCUGUUUUGUGGGUGAGAGCAUGAAACAUCUCAAACAUCCCCCCCCCCCCCCUCCCCCGGUGGGCAUCUCCUCCCCCCCUAAACAAAUGGAGACUCUAGUUCAGCUGAAAAACAACCCGUUCCUGCUUGGUCUGUGUCGUAACGGCCCCCCGCCGGACCUGCAGUACGACAACUCUUCGGAGCUUUUCCGCAUCUCCACCUUCGCCCGUUUCCCGGCGAGCGCCGUCACGGAGCGCAGCCUGGCCCGAGCCGGGUGGUUCUACACGGGCGUGGGCGACCGCGUGCAGUGUUUCCGCUGCAACGUGACGGCCGAGGGCUGGCUGGCCGGCGACUGUCCCAUCGAGAAACACCGCCAGCUGUCGCCUUCCUGCUCCUUCGUCCAGAGCCUCCCGUCCACCGCCAACCUGCUGUCCUCCUCGCACUCCGCCUUCUCCCCGCUACGCGUCGCGCCCGCCGUCCCGAUUCCUGGUGCAGGCUCGGCUGCUCCCAACCCCGGAGUCGCAGGUCAAGGGGAGGAGCCAGCGGCCUAUCUGAACAUGAGCUUCUCAGCCCCGCCCCCGUCCAGUCCGCUGAGCUCGCGUGGCGUGGAGGACAUGUCCCACCAAAGGCCCGCCUGCCACAACCCCGCCAUGCGGCGCGAGCAGGACCGCCUGGACUCCUUCCGCGGGUGGUCGCUCACCAUCAUCACCCCCGCCGAGCUCACCAAGGCCGGCUUCUACUACCUGGGCCCGGGCGACCGCGUGUGCUGCUUCAGCUGCGGCGGACAGCUGAGCAACUGGGAGCCAGGCGACCGCGCCGCGUCCGAGCACCAGAGGCACUACCCCAACUGCCGCUUCGUGCGAGGCGACCGCGCCGACAACGUGUCUCUGGCGGGGGCCCCUGCCUCCCAACUGGCCCUCAACAACGUGUCCAACCCCGCCAUGCAGCACAACGAGGAGAGGCUGCUCACCUUCGUCAACUGGCCCGCUCGCAUCCCCGUCAGACCGGAGCAGCUGGCCAAGGCUGGCUUCUACUACGUCGGUCGCAAUGAUGACGUCAAGUGCUUCUGCUGCGAUGGAGGACUGAGAUGCUGGGAGUCUGGAGAUGAUCCCUGGGUGGAACACGCCAAAUGGUUCCCCAGGUGUGAGUAUUUGCUGCAGGAAAAAGGUCAGGAGUUUGUCCAGCAGAUUCAGGCUCGUUUCCCUCGACUGUUUGAGCAGCUGCUGACAAACGGAGACAGCAGCUCCAGAGAGUUUGUGGACCCGCCAGUGGUGCACCUGGGUCCGGGUGACGAGCGCUGCGAGGACGCCAUCAUGAUGAACACGCCCGUCAUCAAGUCUGCCCUGGAGAUGGGCUUCGAGCGCGGUCUGGUCAAGCAGACGGUCCAGGGCAAGAUCCUGACCAGCGGGGAGAACUACCGCACAGUCCAGGAGCUGGUCUGUGACCUGCUGAGUGCCGAGGACCAGAAGAGGGAGGAGGAGCGAGAGAUGCUGGCUGAGGCCAUGGCGUCAGAUGGCUUCACCUUCGUCAAGAGACACCAGGCAGCUCUCAUCCAACGUCUGAAAAGUGUGGAGCCCGUUAUGGAACAUCUACGAGAACAAACUGUGCUAACUGCAGAGGAGUACAGUGGCCUGCAGGCACAGACGUCAGCACAGCAUCAGACCGCCAAGCUCAUAGAGUUAGUCCUCACCAAAGGCAACGCGGCGGCCGAAGUCUUCCGCAACUGGAUCCAGAAGAACGACGUGCACCUGCUCAGAGACCUGAUGGCCCAGUCCAAUGAGGCGGCGUCACCCAGUCAGGACCUGUCAGGACUCCCCAUGGAGGAGCAGCUGCGGAGGCUGCAGGAGGAGCGCACGUGUAAGGUGUGCAUGGACAAGGAGGUCAACAUCGUGUUCAUCCCCUGUGGACACCUGGUGGUGUGUAAGGAGUGUGCACCCUCCCUGCGCAAGUGUCCCAUCUGCAGGGGUCUGGUGAAGGGCACCGUCAGAACCUUCUUGUCCUAAACAACAACCUUUGUUGUCAAGGUGGUUGCACUUCAACGGGAUGGUUAAAUCAUGUUUGUCAAAUAAAGACAGGAGAGAGAAGUUAAUUUAUACAAAUAUUUAUUGUGGUGUUCAGCAGCUUAGAUGAUCCCAAUCUGGAGACAAAGGAAGGAAGGUGGGUGUUAGGAAGGUGAUGAUGCAAUAACUACACGGGUGGUGUUUACAAGAGCUGCCAUCAGUGGUUCCUUUAGACUCAUCACUAACAGUCGGACACCAUUACUGAUCAUCAUGUGCACAGCGGUGGUAGUUAUCAUCAAUAAGUGGCAGACACUCACCUUGUUCGCCACAUCCAAUGCAUCAUAAUCUGGGGCGAGACGCACGUACGCCUUUUUCUCACCGUCCGGCCUGAAAGCAAAACAAAUUGAUGUAAACAUUUUGUACAACAAUAAAUGUACUUUAAAGUUGUUUAUGUCGCCCCCUAGGGGUUGUUUUCUGAACGCUGUCUUGUAAACUAGCAAACUAAGUUAUGGCAGUUUCAUUUUUUUGUGGAAAAAUGCAACUACAAAUAAAUACGACUAAUGAGUAACUUGGCCACUGAUUGGUUGAGGCAACAUUCAGUCUACAUAAUUAUGUUGUGACAGUUUAUGUCUAGAAAAUAUCUUUUAUGGAAAGUAAUUCUAUUUCAUUUGAAAUCCCCUGAACAAUAAACAGUGAUUAAAGACAGUUUAACGUCAUAGAAAUAUGUUUUAUAAUUAGUUGUGAUGUUUUCACCUCACAUUUCAAUGCUUGAUUCAUCUUUUCUUUUCACCAAAUAACAUUUGUAAUCAUCCAAUAAAUACAGCAAAUGAUCUUUCAUUCAUAAAAGACCAAACUAUUCAACAGAUUUCCCAGAGAAAA